GGGGCCUGGUUUUGACGGAGCGGCAGCGGCAUUGCCUUUCGAUCCUCCUUUUUUCUCUUAAUUCCAUUUUGAAUAGGCAAUAUGGGCAAGAGCAAGCCUAGAGGACACAACGCCGCGCGCAAGAUGCGCACCCACCGCCGCACUGAGCGCUGGGCCGACAAGGUCUACAAGAAGACCUGCCUCGGCACGAUUUACAAGUCCCCCUUCGGUGCUUCCUCCCACGCCAAGGGUAUUGCCAUCGAGAAGAUUGGUAUCGAGUCCAAGCAGCCCAACUCUGCCAUUCGUAAGGCCAUCCGUGCUCAGCUCAUCAAGAACGGCAAGAAGAUCACUGCUUUCGUUCCCAUGGACGGUUGCCUGAACUUCAUUGACGAAAACGACGAAGUCCUUAUCGCCGGUUUCGGUCGCAGUGGCAAGGCCGUCGGUGAUAUUCCCGGCUGUCGCUUCAAGGUCGUCAAGGUCUCUGGUGUCUCCCUCCUCGCCCUCUUCAAGGAGAAGAAGGAGAAGCCCCGUUCGUAAGCAUCUAGCCCCCUCGGAUGUGCUACCAACAGCAGCGGCGACAGACAGAGCCUUCUCUCUGUUGUCCUUGUCAAUACACGCAUAAAAACAACUGUGCGCCUCUCA